AUGGCCUACCCGCCGAUGCCAAAUGAACAGCAGCGGCGACAUAGCUCCGCACAGUAUCUCCCGGUAGCAACACGAUAUGAUGACGAGGAUCCGUAUAGCGAGGGCGAGUCUUCAUACCACCCCCACGCAGUACGGCCUAUAAGACACUCGACAUUCCCGCCAUCUAGUUACUACAACUCUUCACAGCAGAAGCAAGUUCAACCUUACCGAAGUCCUUACGUGCACCCUGCUCUACCUCCACAGUCGCCAACAUUGGGCUCAGCUGUGGCCAAACAGCCACAGCAGCAAUUCUCACCUCCGCCAGGCGACUACGAGCCACCCAGGUAUACCUACCAACCCCCGACGGCUGAUCCACCCCGGCCGUCCCACCCAGUCCGUGCCGAGACUUGGGGCCAUGGUGGUGCCUUGCGCUCCGGGUCGGUCAAGCGUGAGUCCGGUCGGAAAGGCUCAAGUGUGCCUCCAUCCUCACGAUCUGUGCAAGAUGAAGGGCAUGAGAAGCCAAAGAAGACGAAGUGGCAGAAGGCCAAGCAGAUCUACAAUUCCAAGCCAGCGAACAACACUGCCGAACUGGCGCUCGUUGGGUUGCUGGCAGUGGCUAAGGCGUUAUAG